CUGAUUGUAGCCGUUGAACAAGAUGAAAUCCCAAGACUCAAGGCUCUGUAUGAAAGAGGGCUGCAGAACAACGUCCCAGGUCUGAAACUGAUUGGAGCAAAGGAAAUACAAGCGAAGGAACCAUUCUGCAGGGGGCUGAUGGCUCUUGAUUCCCCCUAUACCGGCAUUGUGGAUUAUAAACAAGUGGCCCAGGCCUACGCUGAAGACUUCCAGGGAGCAGGUGGGACGAUCUUGACUGGUUUUGAAGUUACGAACAUGCAGAUGGCUAAAGAAAGUUCUUCAGAGAGUGAAGAUGGACUGAAAUAUCCAGUCAUCGUUAGGAACUCAAAGGGUGAGGAAAUCUACUGUCGGCAUAUUGUGACCUGCGCAGGACUUUACUCAGACCGCCUGUCUGAGAUCAGUGGCUGCAGCCCUGAGCCUCGUAUUGUGCCUUUCCGGGGAGAUUAUUUGGUGCUAAAACCAGAAAAGUGCUAUAUGGUUAAAGGAAAUAUUUAUCCGGUUCCCAAUCCUCGGUUCCCUUUCCUGGGAUUCCAUUUCACACCAAGAAUGGAUGGCAGUGUGUGGCUUGGCCCUAAUGCAGUACUGGCCUUUAAGCGAGAGGGCUACAAAUUGUUUGACUUCAGCACUGGAGACUUUUUAGAUGCUGUAAUGUACAG